ACACACUAAAUUCAUUUUAAUGAAAUCAAAUCAACACACUAGAGAAAAGGAAGAAAGAGCACAGCCAACAUAAGUAGUAGUAGGAAGGAGAAGUAAUGAUACUAAUACUAUGAUAGUAUUAGUAUAUCACAUGUAGCGUGCAAUUUUAACUAACCAAUCUUAUCAAGUGGAAACUUAUACGACCUAUGACUAAUUGGCCAUCACAAGAUAAUUAAGCUAUAAAACAGUCGUGUUUGAACAAAACUCUUUAAUUUAUUCAACUUAAUUACCAGUAGUAGUACCAUCUUUCUUCCACAAUUUCCAGUGUCACUCUCGUGCAGUACAAGUCUACGGUUGGUGUCUUUUUCCAAAGCUAUUAUUUUCCUGUAGUUUAUAUCAAAUAUAUAAAUUAACCAAUUUCACAAAACGUGUUAGAUAGAAACAACUAAGCAACACACCACACACAAAAAGUGCAACUCUCCAUGUUUGAAUUCACGCAACAACUUUAACCAUAAUUUCCCGGCAAAUACCGAAACUGUAUCUUCAAAAUGUCCAAACUACCCCUCUUCAUUUCAAAAUUCUCAUUUCUUUUGUUCCUAAUAGUAAACUUCAUAGUACCCUCUCUGGUAAUUUCACAAGCCACAAACACAGAAGAAUUAAUCCUUCUCAAUCUUAAACGUCAACUAGGUGAUCCACCGUCGCUCCAAUCAUGGAAGCCGUCACCGUCUUCGCCGUGCAAUUGGUCAGGGAUCAAUUGCACUGACGGAUUGGUGACGGAGCUUCUCCUCCUGAACAAAGACAUCGCCACACAGAAACUCCCUUCAACAAUCUGUGACCUCAAGAAUCUCACUAAGCUUGAUCUCUCUAACAAUUCCAUCGCCGGCGAGUUUCCGACGUGGCUGCAAAACUGCUCCAACCUCCAGUACCUUGAUCUCUCACAGAACUACUUUUCCGGUCAGAUCUCCGAUGACAUCGGCAACCUCAAAUCACUCACGUACCUCAACCUCGGCGGCAACAGCUUCAUCGGAGAUGUUCCGGCGGCAAUCGGAAAACUCUCGAAGCUUCAAACACUUCACCUCUUUCGAAACAACUUCAACGGUACUUUCCCGAAGGAAAUCGGGGACUUAACCAAUCUCGAAAUUCUAGGUUUAGCUUAUAGCUUCAAACUUAAACCUAUGGCGAUUCCGAUUGAAUUCGGAAAAUUGAAGAACCUCAAAGUCAUGUGGAUAUCACAGUGUAACUUGAUCGGAAAUAUUCCAGAAAGCUUCGAGAAUCUCACGAAACUCGAACAGUUGGAUUUAUCAACUAACAAUUUAACAGGAAACAUACCUACAAAUUUGUUCUUGCUGAAAAACUUGAAUAUUGUGUACCUUUACCUUAAUAGGUUAAUUGGUGCAAUACCUAAUUCAGUUCAGGCCUUGAACUUGACAGAAAUAGAUUUAGCAAUGAACAAUUUAACUGGUUCUAUACCUAAAGAAUUUGGUAAGUUACAGAAUUUGACGAUUCUGCACUUGUAUUCGAAUCAGUUAUCUGGUGAGAUUCCUAGUAGUUUAGGGCUAAUCCCAAGUUUGAGGAAAUUUAAGGUUUUUUACAAUAAGUUGAAUGGAACAUUGCCUUCAGAAUUGGGAAGGUAUUCAAAGCUUGAAAAUUUUGAAGUUGCUAAAAAUGAAUUCAUUGGUGGCUUGCCAGAACAUUUAUGUGAAGGUGGUGCUUUAUUGGGUGUGAUUGCUUUUUCCAAUAAUCUCAGUGGAAAUUUACCAAAAUGGUUUGAGAAUUGUGAUUCUCUUACCACAGUUCAGCUUUACAGUAACAGAUUUUCAGGAGAAGUUCCUUUGGGUUUGUGGAGUUUGACGAAAUUAUCAACCUUGAUGUUAAGUGAUAACUUCUUUUCUGGUAAACUUCCAAGUAAGUUAUCAUGGAACAUGUCUAGACUUGAGAUUAGAAACAACAACUUUUCAGGUCAGAUAUCUGUUGGAAUUUCUUCUGCUUUAAGUUUAGUAGUUUUUGAUGCAAUAAACAACAUGUUUUCUGGUGAGUUUCCAAGGGAAUUAACGCGUUUAUCGCAGCUCACUACUCUCCAUCUUGAUGGUAAUCAACUCUCCGGAACACUUCCAUCAGAGAUAAUUUCGUGGCAAUCGCUUGAUACUCUAACAAUCUCAAGAAACAAAAUUUCGGGUCAAAUACCUGUUGCGAUGUCUUCUCUUCCUAAACUUAAUUACUUGGAUUUGUCUGAAAAUAACAUAAGUGGUGAAAUCCCACCUCAGCUUGCGAAAUUGAAUUUUAUUGUUCUCAACUUGUCCUCCAACAAGCUUACCGGGAGCAUCCCUGAUAAGUUUGACAACCUUGCAUACGAAAGUAGUUUCUUGAACAAUCCUCAAUUGUGUGCUCAUAGUGAAAAUUUGAACCUUUCAAGCUGCUUGACAAAAACCACACCACACUCCAGAAAAAAAUCAUCUUUGAAAUCAAAACUUGUUUCUCUGAUUCUUGCUGUUACAGUCGCUGUGUUACUGGCCACAACACUUUUGGCCUUCUGUACGUUGAAAAAGCGUUGCGGCAAAAAGCACCAUGGGCCUAAGCUUUCAACAUGGAGGCUUACCUCAUUCCAAAGGCUUGAUCUCACGGAAAUAAAUAUCUUCUCAAGUUUGACAGAUAAUAACCUCAUUGGAAGUGGAGGGUUUGGCAAAGUUUACCGGAUAGCUUCAACUCGUCCUGGUGAGUAUGUUGCAGUGAAGAAGAUUUGGAAUGUCAAAGAUGUAGAUGACAAACUGGAUAAAGAAUUUAUGGCUGAAGUUGAAAUUUUGGGCAAUAUUAGGCAUUCCAAUAUAGUGAAGCUUUUGUGUUGUUUUUCAAGUGAAACCUCUAAACUUCUUGUUUACGAAUACAUGGAAAAUCAUAGCCUGGACAAAUGGCUUCAUACAAAGAAGAUCAAAACAUCAGUUAGUGGGUUGAGUUCACAUGCAGAAAACCAGUUGGUGUUGAGUUGGCCAACGAGGUUGAAGAUUGCCAUUGGUGCUGCACAGGGUCUGUGUUACAUGCAUCAUGAAUGUUCAGUGCCAAUCAUUCACAGAGAUGUGAAGUCUAGCAAUAUACUGCUUGACUCUGAGUUCAAGGCAAGUAUAGCAGAUUUUGGACUUGCAAAGAUGUUGGCGAAGAAUGGGGAACCAUACACCGCGUCUGUUCUAGCAGGGUCUUUCGGUUACAUUCCACCAGAAUAUGCAUAUUCAACCAGGAUUGAUGAGAAAGUUGAUGUGUAUAGCUUUGGAGUUGUGUUACUAGAGCUAGUGACAGGAAGAGAGGCUAAUAAUGGAGGCGACAAUGCAUGCAGUCUGGUUGAUUGGGCAUGGCAGCAUUGCAAUGAAGGGAAAUGCAUCACUGAUGCCUUUGAUAAGGUUAUCAGAGAAACACGUUAUACAGCAGAGAUGACUUGCGUCUUCAAAUUAGGCCUCAUGUGCACAAGCACAGUACCCUCCACUAGGCCUUCCACGAAGGAGAUUUUGCAAGUUCUUCGACAGUGCAGUUCAAGUUCUUCACGUAAAAGAGUGGCAACUGAGUUUGAUAUCACUCCUCUUCUUGGCAAUACAACUUACAUUUCCAGUUACAAGGAUAGUAGGACUAUAAGUGAAAACGAAGAAAGCUGCUUAUAUAGUGUGUAACAAUAGUAUACCAUGCAAAGAGUAUUUCAAUUUCGAUGUAACUACUUCAGAUUUCAAAUGAAAUUAUAUAAGUAUCAUACUGAAAAUAUGAUGCUAUUCACA